UUAUGUCACUGUGUCUAACCCAUCUAUGAGGUGCAGAGGUUGAUGUCAUCUUGAAAGUUUCUUCUUGAAAGUUAAACCACAGACAAACUCGCAUGCAUUAUGGCCUGGUUAGCGAUUAUGGAAGUCUUAAAUUAGCCUAAAGUAAUCACUUCAGGGAUUCUCCCUUCCACUAAGCCCACAGAGAUAUGUGUCACAUUUCAAACCUGCACAAGAACUCGAGAGCGCUCUGUCCAUCACACUGAAUUGAGAGACACUACAGUCCAGACUUUAAUGCUGCAGCCCUCUGAGAGAUGGCAUCAUCAUCUAUGAAGACUCUCCAUUGGUUAAAGCUGUGAAAAUGGGACAUAUCCUGGUAAUAGAUGAAGCUGAUAAAGCUCCCACAAAUGUCACCUGUAUGCUGAAGACACUGGUGGAGAGUGGAGAGAUGAUCCUGGCAGAUGGAAGAAGAAUAGUGUCAGAUCCACUGGAAGCAGCCGGAAGGCCUAAUGCCAUUCCCAUGCGUCCAGACUUCCGCAUGAUUGUUUUAGCAAACCGGCCUGGCUUUCCGUUUUUGGGAAAUUACUUAUUUGGAGCACUUGAGGACAUAUUUAGCUGCCAUGCAGUGGACAACCCCAAACCUCAGGCUGAGUUUGCCAUGCUGAAGCAAUAUGGGCCUGAUGUUCCUGAUGCAAUCCUCCAGAAACUGGUGGCUGCAUUCGGAGAGCUCCGGGCCAUGGCUGACCAGGGAAAAAUCACCAACCCCUACUCUACACGAGAAGUGGUCAACAUUGUAAAACACCUGCAGAAAUUUCCGGAUGAGGGCCUGGCCAACGUUGUGAGGAAUAUGUUUGACUUUGACUCCUAUAACAAGGACACGCAGCGCUGCACAAGCAUGGCAUUCCCAUCGGAGCCAAACCCACCAGCAUGCACCUGGCCAAGGAGUUACCAUUGCCAGACUGCUACUGGACAAAUACUGCUACUGGACCAUCAGUCAGGGUGGAAGUACACGACAAAAGCUGCUGUGUCCAACAGAGUCUCAUCGGAUCGAUAUCAAGGGCCCAGUGUUUCUGCGGGUUCAGAGUUAUCCUUCUGAGAGGCACGAGUCCAGAUCUGUGAGCUUCACUGAGGAACGGGCUCACUGGCAGAUUCCCAUGAACGAGGUCAACAUUGUCUGUGAUGUCAACACUGUUAACGGAGAAAGGAGACUCCGUCCAGUGCAUUGAGCUCUAUGACAUCUUCCCCCGGACCAUCAGUGGAGUCUGGCAGCCCUUCGUCUCUGUGGCGACACUGGGCAACCCGCUUCAGGACCAGGUGGUGCUCCAUGAAGAACAGGGCAACACAGUGCUGCAUCUGGACCUGGUCACCGGCUCUGUGAGGAGACUGGUCCUGUCUCAGGACAAACAAGAGGAACCACCACGCAAGA